CCGCUAAUGCCGCCAUUUUAGACCAAGCCGCGGCGUAUCUUGCGACAUAAUCAUUUUCAAGCAAUCACGUCGCGGCUCGUCGCCACAUAUAAUUCCAUGUCCACCCCGUUCGCCGUCAUCCUAAUUCGCAUUGCGUUACAACACGUUACAUGUUGGAGUCGAUUUAGCAUGCGACCGCGUCGUGCAUCAUACUGCAUCAUACCAGUCCUACGCCGCGCCGGUAUAGAGUCUGCGUUCUAGCGCAAUUUCUCGUCAGUUCUUUUAUUUACAAUACUGAAACGUGCGAUCAGAUGAAAGCUUAUCAUAUUCUUACACAACAACAAAACGACUAACAGUUCCUCGCUCUGAAAUUAUAUACCAUGAGCAAAGUAAAGGAUUCUCCAACGGAUAAUGAGACGGAAGAGGAAUUUAGUGUGGAGAAAGUCUUAGACAGAAGAAUCGUGAAGGGAAAAGUGGAAUAUUACUUAAAAUGGAAAGGAUAUUCCAACGACGAAAACACAUGGGAGCCAGAGGAAAAUUUAGAUUGUCCAGAUUUGAUCGCUCAGUUUGAAGAACAACGGAAGAAGAAGGAUGGAAGUGCAUCUGGGAAACGUCAUGAAGAAAAAGAACAAAAGAAACGAAAAAGCAACAACACACCGACGCCCACUCAGGCCAAGAAAAAGGCAGCAGUGGAAGAAAAGAAGCUGGAAGGUAAAGGAUUUGAUAGAAAUCUGGAGCCCGAGCGUAUUAUCGGAGCGACAGAUUCCAGCGGUGAACUGAUGUUCUUAAUGAAAUGGAAAGGAACAGACGAUGCAGAUCUGGUACCUGCACGCAUUGCUAACGAAAAGUGUCCACAAAUUGUGAUCAAAUUUUAUGAGGAACGACUCACAUGGCAUAGUCCAGCUCACGAUGACGAAAACUCGACGAAACCUGACCCGGAGUAGCGCCCAGCGUUUUUUCAUGAUUUAUUUUUAUCAUUGCAAAGUAUUUCCCUGUAACAAUUAUCUUAGGUUAUUUACGAGUUUUUUAACUUUUGUAGGUAAAAAAUAAAUAUCAAAGAUUUUUCGAAUAUUAAUAUAGAAUGAUAUAAUGUAGGAGGAAUUGAAGAAAGUUCAAAGAUUA